AUGGCAAAGUUGCGUGGAAUCUCCAUGGAGUCUAAAAUUCUGGCCACUGUUUAUCAUCUGAAGACAAUCAAUUCAGUACAUAAUGUCCUCGAAAAAGAUAGUUUUACUUGGGAACAGAGAAUCAAGGUUGCUCUUGGAUUUGCUUCCUUACUGGAAUUCAUGCUUGCUGAGAAUCCUCCAUAUAUGCCAUGUCUGAUUCGCAAUAUAGAUGUUGCUCAUAUAAUGCUUGAUGAGGAUUAUAAGCCAGUACUAAUUGACUGCAGCAUGAUUUCUGAUGGAAUUCUUACUGAUAGAAUACACAUUGUGAAUCAAUAUCUAAAAGGGUGUCGUGGCUGUGUUGAUCCAGUUGUUGCACAUCGAGGUACUUCUUUUCCUUCUAUAGCCUCAUAA